UGUGACUCAGUACAUCUAGUGUUGGAUGAGCUACAGCAGGACAAUGAGAAGAAGCAGCCUUAAUACAAACAUUUUUGGCAUCAUCACCAUCUCCACCACCUUUCUGACAUUCGUAUCUGCAGUGCUGGGAAACUCUGAUAGGUGUGAAAAUGUUCUGAAUGAAUGUCUUAAAGGAGAACUGGACUGGACUGGACAUCAGCAUUGUGACUCACCGUUCUUGCAGAGACAGGAAAACAGUGGAAACCACACAGGCAUCUACUGAACAGCAUGACCCUUCAUACACGGCUGACCACAGAAGCGUAGCUCCAAUUCUGCUGAACUAAUUUCCCUCUCAUUUGUAUGCAUGUGCGUGGUGUGUGUCUGUGAUGUGUGUGUGUGUGUGUGUGGGUGUGUGUGUGGACGGGGGGAUCUGUGUGUGUGAGUCCAGGUGGAGGUUGAGCCUACAUCGAACCACAAGGUCCACAUCCCAGCCUUGGCGCUGCAGAAAAGCAUGUCUCUCAGCAGGGUCUCUGAAGAAGUGCUGCUGGUGGUAACCAUCCUCCCCUCCUCUCUCUUCAGGCUUGGUCCCACAGCUGGGAUCGUGGCAGGUGGAUCUGAGGGCCAGUCUCCCCAAGGAAGAGGGGCUCUUGGUGAGACAGUCCUGGCUGUGAAGGUGCGGCACUAUGCUUUCAGCAACCUAGAUCAACCUGUCAAUAUGACCUUCAAACAUUUCAAUGGGAUUACCGGAGGUGUGUGUGUCUUUUGGAAGGACCAUCAAAAUGGAACAGGGUACUGGAGCACACACGGCUGUAACACAACCUUUAAUGACAGAGAGUUUGUGUGCAGCUGUGACCACCUGAGCUUCUUUGCUGUGCUAGUGAACCCUGGGAUGGUGGACCCGGUCCAUGAGCUUCAGCUCAGCUACAUCACCUAUGUAGGCUCAACUCUCUCGGUCCUCUUCACAACCCUGACCCUAGUUCUCUACACGUAUAAACGGAAGGGACAUUUGGAACAUUCGGUGGGCGUGCAUGUGCAGUUGAACGUCGCACUUCUGUGUCUGCAUCUAUUCUUCCUGGUUGGGUCGCUGUGGGCGUGGCUAGGCUAUGAGGGGCGUGUCUGUGAAGCUUUGGGGCUCCUCCUCCACUAUUCCCUGUUGGCCACCUUCUCCUGGAUGGCCAUUGAGGGCUUCCACCUCUACCUGCUCCUGGUCCGAGUCUUCAACAUCUAUAUCAGAAGAUACCUGCUCAAACUUUGCCUGGUGGGAUGGGGUGUUCCUACAGUAGUGGUAGUGAUAUAUGGAUCCCUAGGAGCCUAUGGCAGAUACAGCCUCUACUCAAGCAGCAAUAGCACCUCAGACACAGAUAUCUGCUGGCUGAGCAGUGAGGCAGACUGGCGGAGAGUAAGCUCUGUGAUGGUGAUCGUAUACCUGGGUCUGGUUUUGCUCUUCAACUGUGCAAUGCUGGGGGUGGUGCUGGUGCGUCUGUGCAGGCUGAGGGGGCGUGGAGUGAGGCACCAGGAGGGCCGGGCCCAGCUCUGGAAGGACUGGGCCACAGUGCUGGGGCUCAGCUGUGUACUGGGCAUCCCCUGGGUUCUUGCCUUCUGCACCUAUGGGCCUCUCUCCCUCCCAGGCAACUACCUCUUCACCGUGUUCAACAGCAUGCAGGGUAUAUUUUUGUUUCUGUGGUUUCUGGCCCGGACCAGGAAGUCCCACCCGCAGGAAGGUUCUUCAUUCAAAGACCCCUCCACUCAGAAAAUGGACACCACAACUUUCAACUGACACUCAAAACAGUGCUUUUUUGAUGGGGCAUUACAUAAACAAUGCAAAUAGGUCUGCACAAAUGCAAAUUGGUUUCGAACGUGUUUUUUGUAAGAAACAGCUGGACUGGUAAACCCACAGAGUAAAUAUAUUUAUUAUAUACAUAAUAUUGAUUUUAAAAAUACAAAAAAGCAUAACCAUGUGUUUCCAUCCAAUAAAAUAUAUAUUUCUUA